UGCUGGGAGCGCUGCUAUGGCGUUUCUCAGACCCGCGGCUCCUCCUCACAAGCUCGAGGCGGAGGGAAGGAGGGGUAAGAGGAGGAGGCGCGCGGACGGCCGCCGCAGCUGCACACCCGGGGCCAGAGAAGGAGGCGGAGCGGGAGCCGCCGCAGCCACCUCGGCCGCCGCCGCCGCCCGCAGCCGCAGGGCUGCUGCGAGUCCUCUCCGGGCUUGAGGGCACGCGGGGCGCCCCGGCCAUGCCCCGCAUUGGUAGCUGAGCCGGGCGCGGGCCCCCUCCCUCCCGGCCGCGUCAGCCGCCGUGCCCCCGGGCUGCCCGCGGCCGGAGUGCCCGGCGCCUCCCGCGCGCCCCAGACCGCGAGCGCGAGCAGUCGCGGCCGCCGAGGCGCGGGUGGUGCCGGCGGCGGCGGCGGCGGGAGCGCGGGGCAGGAGGAGGCGGGGAAGAUGGACCCGGCGCCCUCGCUGGGCUGCAGCCUCAAGGAUGUGAAGUGGAGCUCGGUGGCCGUUCCGCUCGACCUGCUGGUCAGCACUUACCGGCUGCCCCAGAUCGCGCGGCUGGACAGCGGAGAAUGCAUUGAAGGGCUGCGGGAAAACGAAUACCUUCUGAUUCAUUCGUGCCGUCAGUGGACCACCAUCACUGCCCACAGCCUGGAGGAGGGACACUACGUCAUUGGGCCAAAGAUAGAGAUCCCAGUACAUUAUGCAGGGCAAUUCAAGCUGCUGGAACAAGACCGAGAUAUAAAGGAACCAGUGCAAUAUUUCAACAGUGUGGAGGAGGUGGCUAAAGCGUUUCCUGAACGCGUGUACGUCAUGGAGGAAAUAACAUUCAACGUGAAGGUUGCUUCAGGUGAAUGCAAUGAGGACACCGAAGUUUAUAAUAUCACCCUCUGUACUGGGGAUGAACUCACUCUCAUGGGGCAGGCAGAAAUCCUGUACGCAAAGACUUUCAAGGAAAAGUCACGACUCAACACAAUCUUCAAAAAGAUCGGCAAGCUCAACUCCAUCAGCAAGCUGGGGAAGGGCAAAAUGCCAUGCCUGAUCUGCAUGAAUCACCGGACCAAUGAAAGCAUUAGCCUGCCAUUCCAGUGCAAGGGCAGAUUUAGCACCCGGAGUCCCCUGGAACUUCAGAUGCAGGAGGGCGAGCACACCAUCCGCAACAUUGUGGAGAAAACCAGGCUCCCCGUGAACGUGACGGUGCCCAGCCCUCCACCCAGGAACCCCUAUGACCUCCACUUCAUCCGCGAGGGGCAUCGCUACAAGUUCGUGAACAUCCAGACCAAGACAGUGGUGGUUUGCUGUGUGCUACGGAACAACAAGAUCCUCCCCAUGCACUUCCCUUUGCACUUGACGGUCCCCAAGUUCAGCCUCCCAGAACACUUGGUAAAGGGAGACCCUGUGUGGCCCGAGACCCUGGUGCAUCACUGGCUGGGUAUCUGCCAAGAACAAUUCGACAUCGACGAGUAUUCCCGGGCUGUCCGAGAUGUGAAGACUGACUGGAAUGAGGACUGCAAGAGCCCCAGGAAGGGCCGGUGCUCUGGCCACAACCAUGUGCCCAAUUCUCUGAGCUAUGCCCGCGAUGAGCUCACCCAGUCCUUCCACCGGCUCUCCGUCUGCGUGUAUGGCAACAAUCUCCAUGGCAACAGUGAGGUGAACCUCCACGGCUGCAGGGACCUGGGAGGGGAGUGGGCGCCCUUCCCUCACGACAUCUUGCCCUAUCAGGACCUGGGGGACAGUGGGAGCGACUACCUGUUCCCGGAAGCUGGUGAAGAAUCGGCGGGCGUCCUGGGGAAGUCGGAGCUUCCUUACGAAGAGCUCUGGCUGGAGGACGGCAAGGCCAGCCAUCAGCCUCUCACGCGUUCCCUGAGCGAGAAGAGCAGAUGCGAUCAGUCCAGAGGUUCCGUCCGGUCCAAAUGUGCAACCUCUCCUCUGCCUGUGCCCGGAACUCUGGGAGCAGCCAUGAAGUCUUCAGAGAUCGCCCUACCUCCACCUCCAGUGCCUCCCAAAUCUGAAGCCGUCAGGGAAGAGUGCCGGCUCCUGAACGCCCCUCCUGUUCCGCCCCGAAGCGCAAAGCCUUUGUCCACAAGCCCCUCCGUCCCUCCUCGCACAGCCAAGCCAGCGCGGCAGCAGACUCGCUCUCCCAGCCCCACCUUGUCCUACUAUUCUUCAGGGCUGCACGACAUCAGCGUUCCUAAAAGUGACACGAGUCCUCCCGAAAGUGCUCCUGUGUCCUGCUAUCCCUGUAACCGUGUGAAAACGGAUUCCGUGGACCUCAAGUCCCCGAUGGGAAGUCCCUCUGCUGACACGCUCUCCUCCAGGCUCUCGUGGCCCAACCAUUACUCGGGAGCGGCGGAGAGCCAGACCAGGAGUGACUUCCUGCUGGGUCCCAGCAGAAGCUACAGUUACCCCAGACAGAAGACGCCAGGCACACCAAAGAGAAACUGCCCAGCACCCUUUGAUUUGGACGGCCUCGAGCUCUCGGCCAGUCCCCCCGGCUCUGUCACUUCAGAAUUCAGCGGCAGCAUCUCCGCCUGUCCUAAGUCAGCCAGCUAUUCUGUGGAGAGCACAGACGAGAAAAUUCUGGCUGCUGACACGACCAAGCAGAGUAUUUCGUGCCCUGCCUUACCCCCCAGGGCUCCCAAACCAGUGGAAGAGAAAACCGCCUCGGACACUUCUCCUUUGCCUCUGAAAAUUGAUGGUGCUGAGGAAGACCCCAAGUCAGGGUCACCGGACCUCUCUGAGGACCAGUACUUUGUUAAAAAGGGCAUGCAGGACAUCUUCUCCGUCGCCUACCCUUUCGCAUCUCCGCUCCACCUCCAGCUGGCCCCCAGGUCCUGUGGCGAUGGCUCCCCGUGGCAGCCGCCCGCUGACCUGUCGGGACUCUCCAUAGAAGAAGUGGCCAAGUCGUUACGGUUUAUUGGUUUGUCUGAAGAUGUCAUAUCAUUCUUCGUUACUGAGAAGAUCGACGGGAAUUUGCUCGUUCAGCUGACCGAAGAAAUCCUCUCGGAGGAUUUCAAAUUGAGCAAACUGCAGGUGAAGAAAAUAAUGCAAUUCAUUAAUGGCUGGAGGCCCAAAAUAUAGCCAAAUAACCCCAGCUAGCAUUGAACAAAACGAACAAAUGUGUGUGCUAGAAGGGGUGGGCUGGGACACAAUUCCAUGUUUUUUGCACUAAAAACCUUCUCUGUAAAUAGGGAUAAGAGAAACUCUUACUAUGCAGAUUACGUUUUUGAAUGGUGAACAGGCUAUUUUGUACAUCAAUAAAAACGCUGUACAGAACA